UAGCAACGGGGUGAGUGUAUAUAAAGUGUGUACAGCAGGAGCACACUGUGCAUCCACCAUCCUACCACAGCAGACAUGAAGAUACUCAUAUUAUUGCUGGUAACAGCAACGCUCGCCAGGCCGGAGCCCCCGGUCUCCCCACAGUACCUGCCUCCCAACGGUAACGGGAGAUCACCAUCAUCUACCUAUGGAGCACCAAGCAUAGGUGGAGGAAGCAGUGGUCUUGGUCUAGGCGGCAACGGGUUCAGUGGCUCUUCCUACCUUCCUCCAACCCAAAACAAUGGUCAAUCCUUUGGCGCCGGUAAUGGCAAUGGGGCAAGCGGCAUCUCAUCCACCUACGGGACUCCCGGUUUGACGGGGUCUAGCGCUGGCCAAACAUCCUUUGGUAACAAUAAUGGUGGAGGUCCUUCACCAUCUUAUGGUGUACCAGGAUUGAGUGGAAAUGGAAACGGAAACGGCAAAGGCCCCUCAUCUUCGUAUGGUGUCCCCGGACUAGGUGGAAAUGGCAACGGCCAAAGACCAUCCUCCUCAUAUGGAACUCCUGGUCUUGGUGGAAAUGGCAACGGCCAAAGACCAUCCACCUCAUAUGGAACUCCUGGUCUUGGUGGAAACGGCAACGUUCAAAGUCCAUCCUCUUCAUAUGGAACUCCUGGUCUUGGUGGAAACGGCAACGGUCAAAGUCCAUCCACCUCAUAUGGAACUCCUGGUCUUGGUGGAAGUGGCAACAGUCAAAGACCAUCCUCCUCAUAUGGAACUCCUAGCCUUGGUGGAAACGGCAACGGUCAAAGACCAUCCUCCUCAUAUGGAACUCCUGGUCUUGGUGGAAACGGCAACGGUCAAAGACCAUCCUCCUCAUAUGGAACUCCUGGUCUUGGUGGAAACGGCAACGGCCAAAGACCAUCCUCCUCAUAUGGAACUCCUGGUCUUGGUGGAAACGGCAACGUUCAAAGACCAUCCUCCUCAUAUGGAACUCCUGGUCUUGGUGGAAACGGCAACGGUCAAAGUCCAUCCUCCUCAUAUGGAACUCCUAGCCUUGGUGGAAACGGCAAUGGUGGUCUCUCAUCUUCUUACGGUGUGCCUGGACUAAGUGGAAAUGGAAAUGAAAAUCCGUCCUCAGAGUACGGCCUUCCGAACCUAUCUGGAAGUGAUAGCAACAGCUUUGAAGGAGGUCUUCCUCCCAAUUCAUACCUACCUCCAAGCAACAGUCUAUCUGAUGAGAACCAGCCGUCUUCUGAAGUUGGCCCCCCUCCAAGCAGUGGAGGAAAUGGAUAUUCAAACGGAGGAAGUGAAGCAGGUUAUCAAAGUGGUCGGCCCGGAGGAAAUGGAAAUGGAAAUGGAUAUCCAAGUGGUCGUCCUGGAGCUAACGGAAACGGAGGUUACCCCAGUGGUGGCCCUGGAGCUAACGGAAACGGAGGUUACCCCAGCGGUGGUCCUGGAGGAAAUGGAAAUGGAAACGUUGCAUAUCAAAGUGGUCGUCCUGGAGCUAACGGAAACGGUGGUUACCCCAGUGGUGGUCCUGGAGAUAACGGAAACGGUGGUUACCCCAGUGGUGGCCCUGGAUCUAACGGAAACGGUGGUUACCCCAGCGGUGGUUCUGGAGCAAACGGAAACGGUGGUUACCCCAGUGGUGGUCCUGGAGCUAACGGAAACGGUGGUUACCCCAGCGGUGGUUCUGGAGCAAACGGAAACGGUGGUUACCCCAGCGGUGGUUCUGGAGCAAACGGAAACGGUGUUUACCCCAGUGGUGGUCCUGGAGCUAACGGAAACGGUGGUUACCCCAGCGGUGGUCCUGGAGCAAACGGAAACGGUGGUUACCCCAGUGGUGGUCCUGGAGCAAACGGAAACGGUGGUUACCCCAGCGGUGGUUCUGGAGCAAACGGAAACGGUGGUUACCCCAGUGGUGGUCCUGGAGCACAAGACGGUUACUCUAGUGGAGGCUUUAGUGGUGAAAAUGGAUUUGGAGCUUCUGGCAAUGGCCUUGAGGAUGAGGGUCCUACGGAACCAGCCAAAUACGAAUUUGACUACAAGGUUAAUGAUGCAGAAUUUGGUACGGAGUUCGGUCACCAAGAAACUCGAGAUGGCGACCAAACUCAAGGUUCAUACAACGUACUUCUUCCCGACGGUCGCAAACAAAUAGUCGACUACGAAGCUGACAAGGAAGGUUUUAGGCCUAAGAUUCGGUACGAGGGUGAGGCUAAUAAUUUAGGUAGUGGAAAUGGUGAUAGCAGUGGAAAUGGUGGCUACCCAUCUGGACCAAACGGUGGCAGCAGUGGAAAUGGUGGCUAUCCAUCUGGACCCAACGGUGGCAGCAGUGGAAACGGUGGCUACCCAUCUGGACCCAACGGUGGCAGCAGUGGAAAUGGUGGCUACCCAUCUGGACCCAACGGUGGCAGCAGUGGAAAUGGUGGCUACCCAUCUGGACCCAACGGUGGCAGCAGUGGAAAUGGUGGCUACCCAUCUGGACCCAACGGUGGCAGCAGUGGAAACGGUGGCUACCCAUCUGGACCCAACGGUGGCAGCAGUGGAAAUGGUGGCUACCCAUCUGGACCCAACGGUGGCAGCAGUGGAAAUGGUGGCUACCCAUCUGGACCCAACGGUGGCAGCAGUGGAAACAGUGGCUACCCAUCUGGACCCAACGGUGGCAGCAGUGGAAAUGGUGGCUACCCAUCUGGACCCAACGGUGGCAGCAGUGGAAAUGGUGGCUACCCAUCUGGACCCAACGGUGGCAGCAGUGGAAAUGGUGGCUACCCAUCUGGACCCAACGAUGGCAGCAGUGGAAACGGUGGCUACCCAUCUGGACCCAACGGUGGCAGCAGUGGAAAUGGUGGCUACCCAUCUGGACCCAACGGUGGCAGCAGUGGAAACAGUGGCUACCCAUCUGGACCCAACGGUGGCAGCAGUGGAAAUGGUGGCUACCCAUCUGGACCCAACGGUGGCAGCAGUGGAAACGGUGGCUACCCAUCUGGACCCAACGAUGGCAGCAGUGGAAAUGGUGGCUACCCAUCUGGACCCAACGGUGGCAGCAGUGGAAACGGUGGCUACCCAUCGGGACCAAACGGUGGCAGCAGUGGAAACGGUGGCUAUCCAUCUGGACCAAACGGUGGUAGCAGUGGAAACGGUGGCUAUCCAUCUGGAUCCAACGGUGGCAGCCUAAGCGGGUCUUUUGGUGAGGAUGGUUAUAGAUAUUAGACUAACAAAUUGCUCAGAGCCUAACUUCGGCAUGUAUGUACAUAGGUAGAACUGCUUUUUUGAGUCAGUAGAGAUAGCUAUUUGUUUCAGCAAAGCUAAUUUGUGCUAUAAUAAUUAUUAUUACUACUUAAUUCUAUUUGUUCCCAAGAUGCGCAUAGUUUUCUUUUUAAAAGAGAAUGUUCAUGCAUGUCCUCUUGUUCUAGGGUCACUGUAAGCCUCGUUUAUAUAUUUAAUUGUGUUCAACUAGAAUAAUUAUUGUGAUUAUAUUUAUUUAUGUAUUUAUUUAUUUAUUUAAUAGUUGUUGUAAAGAAUCCAAUUGAAUAAAACAAGUUCAUUGAAA